ACAAACACAACAUUUUGCAAUUUGCAUUGACCAGUACCCAUCUCACAACCACCACUAUGAUCACCGGUAUGGACAAUCCCCACAUUCUUCUGGUAACUAUCCCGGGACAGGGCCACAUCAAUCCGGCCCUCCAAUUUGCCAAGCGCCUUGUGGCAAUGGAUGUCAAAGUUACCUUUGUCACCAGCCUCUCCGCUAUCCGUCACAUGAACAAAACCACCCCAACCCCACAAGGUUUAACACUCGCCCCCUUCUCCGACGGCUAUGAAAACGGCGUCAAAGUUGACGAACUCGAAAACUUCAUGUCCUCACUCCGAAUUCACAGUUGCCAAGCCAUCGUGAAUCUCAUCAACGCGAGUGCAGACGAAGGCCACAUCUUCACACGUGUGGUUUACACCACAACUAUCCCAUGGAUAGCAGAGGUGGCACAUGACCUUCACAUUCCAUCCACACUUCUUUGGAUCCAACCAGCAACUAUUAUGGACAUUUACUACUAUUACUUCAAUGGGUAUGCUGAUGUUAUUAAAAAAAAUAGCUGUGACCCCUUUUGUCCCAUUGAAUUGCCAGGACUUCCAGUGCUCACUAGACAUGACCUACCUUCUUUAUUACUACCUAGUCCAACUGACUCCUACAGUUUUCUCCCAGUAUUCAAAAAGCACAUAGACAUACUUGAUGCCGGAACAACUCCACAAGUACUAGUAAAUACAUUCGACAAAUUGGAAUCCGAUGCUCUGCAAGCUAUCAAGAAGCUCAACAUGAUUGCAAUUGGGCCACUAAUCCCAUCAGCCUUUUUGGAUGGAAAAGAUCCAUCUGAUACCUCAUUUGGGGGUGAUAUGUUUCAGAAGUCAAUGGACUGUGUCAAAUGGUUGAACUCGAAGCCAGAGUCCUCUGUUAUUUAUCUAUCAUUCGGAACUCUUACCGUGCCAACGAAGAAACAAAUGGAAGAGAUGGCACAUGGGUUGUUGGAUAGCCGAAGGCCGUUCUUGUGGGUGGUAAGAAAAACUGAUCAAUUUGGUAAGAAUAUAGAAAACGAAGUUAUUUGCACGGAGGAGUUGGAAAAGCAAGGGAUGAUAGUCCCAUGGUGUUCUCAAGUGGAGGUUCUAUCUCACCUAUCAUUGGGAUGUUUUGUGACGCAUUGCGGGUGGAAUUCUACAUUGGAGAGUGUAGUUUCUGGGGUUCCAAUAGUGGCGCUUCCGCAGUGGACAGAUCAGGGGACUAACGCAAAGCUCAUGACAGAUGUUUGGGAGACGGGGCUGAGGUUGACUGUGAAUGAAGAAGGAAUAGCUGAGAGGGAGGAGUUUAAGAGGUGCAUAGAAAUGGUAAUGGGGGAUGGAGAGAAAGGGAAAAAAAUGAGAGGAAAUGCCAAGAAAUGGAAGGAAUUGGCAAGGGAAGCAGUCAAGGAAGGUGGGUCAUCGGAUAUGAAUCUUAAAGCUUUUGUGAGUGAGAUCAAAAAUCAAAAGUUUGUUCAGUAGCAUGAACUUUG